UCGUGUCUUGAUUUCCUUCUACGCAAGUUCUCUUUCUUCACUCUCACUCUCACUAGCACUCUAGACGACUAACCGGCGCGUGUGCUGGCAUCGGUGGCGGAUUUCACCUUGAACGUGAAGUCCAUCUUUUUCAGAGAACCUCCUUCUACUUCUCUCUCCAGCUCUCUUUCUAACAGCCUUUACAGCCAGAGAUUUUAGCAUCGAAGCCCUUUUUUGGUUUGUUGUACUAAUUCCUCAAAAUGUUGUGACGUUCAAAAAGUAAGCGAAGCAGCCCACAUUGGUUGCAAAGAUGAGUUCAAGAGGAGGGGUUGGAAGGACUUCAACUGCUGGUACUUGUAAUAAUGCGUCAUCUGGGGGGGAAAAUGCAUCAGAAAUCUCUAGUCCUAAGGUUGAGCGGUUGGGUCAAGGUGUAGUAGGCAUUAGUUUGGAUUCUGCAGAAGAUGAUGGAGAAUGGGAGGUUAUAUCACGGAAGUCUAAGAACAGAGCUGGAAGCAGUGCUGCAAAAUCCUGGGGUUCUCAGAAUUCUAUUUCUAAAGCAUGGGGACAUCCGGAUGUGGUACAAAAGCUAGGCAUGCGAAAUAAUGGUGGUUCAGGUAGGAUGUCUGCAAAUGCAUGGCCAACUCAGGCUUUUGAUUCUAAGAAGCCUGCUGGCAGAGGAAAUACCAGGCCUCAAUCAUCCAAUUGGGGCUCUGAGAACAAUAACAGUGCUCCACAACCAGUAAUUCCCCCACCUCUGGAGCAUGGAUGGAAUUGGAAGUCUAGAGCUUGUGCAACUGCUCCAAAUGGUUCAGAAGAUGAUCAGAAAAGAGAUGAAGAUACUGAGGUUAACAAAGAAAAUGAUGAUGAUGAUGAAGAUGAUGAUGAGGACGAUGAUGCCAUGGAAGAUACAGAUGAUGAGCUUCUUAGUGAAGACUUUGACUCAGAUGCUAGCCAAAAGAGUCAUGAGACUCGCAAGAAUAGCAGAUGGUUCAAGAAAUUUUUUGAGAGUUUAGACAGUUUGACUGUUGAGCAAAUCAAUGAACCAGCAAGACAGUGGCACUGUCCAGCAUGCCAAGGUGGUCCUGGUGCCAUUGACUGGUACAGAGGCCUGCAGCCCCUAAUGACACAUGCAAAAACAAAAGGAUCAAAAAGGGUGAAGCUUCAUAGAGAGCUUGCAGAACUUUUGGAGGAGGAGUUGCGUAGGAGGGGAACUUCAGUUAUUCCAGCUGGUGAAGUAUUUGGAAAAUGGAAAGGUUUAAAAGAUGAGGAAAAAGACCAUGAAAUAGUUUGGCCUCCUAUGGUUAUCAUUAUGAAUACAAGGCUUGAACUGGAUGAGAAUGACAAGUGGAAGGGAAUGGGCAAUCAAGAGCUUAUUGAUUAUUUCAAUGGGUAUGCUGCUGUAAAGGCUAGGCACUCAUAUGGUCCACAGGGACAUCGUGGGAUGAGCAUUCUGAUUUUUGAGAGCUCUGCAAGAGGUUAUUUGGAAGCUGAACGUCUGCACAAACAUUUUGCUGAACAGGGAACUGAUAGAAAUGCUUGGGAUCAUGGUCCAGUCUUGUUCCAUUCUGGUGGUAAGCGCCAACUCUAUGGUUACAUGGCAGUCAAGGAAGACUUGGACAUCUUCAAUCAGCAUUCACAAGGGAGGUCAAAGCUGAAAUAUGAGAUGAGGUCGUACCAAGAAAUGGUAGUGCGCCAAAUCAAUCAAAUGAGUGAGGAUAACCAGCAACUUAUUUGGUUGAAGAGCCGGGUUGCUAAAGAACAAAGGAAGACCAAGACUCUUGAGGAAUCUCUUGAAAUAGUGUCUGAUAAGCUGCGCAAGACUACGGAGGAAAACCGCAUUGUAAGGCAGAGAACCCAGAUGCACCAUGAACAGAGCCAGGAAGAGUUGGAUUUCCAAGAGCAAUUCUUCAAGGACCAACUCAAACUUAUCCAUGAAGCAAGGGAUGCAAAGGAAGAGGAUUUUGAGAAUCUACAACAGAAAGAAAGGGAGAAAGCAAAGCAGCUAAGUUCCAGUCCUUCUAAUACUGAGGAUUAUAGGCGCAGGGUGGAAGAAAUGGAGAAAUUUAUACAAUUUCAGGACAGAGAGAUGAAAGAGUAUGUAGCUGAGAGAGAUGGGCUUAUUAAAGCACAUGAGGAGAAGUUUGCCGCAAUGAAGAGGAGGCACUGGGAAGAAGAGUUUGCGUUAGAAAAGGAGUUUGAUGCUGAACUGACGUCCUUGAUGGAGAAGUACACUCCAAACUCGCAUACCAAACAAGGAUGUAACAAUGUUUGAUAUUUUACUUUUUUCUGAGAUACAACCACCAAAGAGUAGGAAAAAUAUAUGAAGGCCAAAAGCCAGUUUCUAGUCA